GUAUAACAUUAAUUGAUUUGACAAGAGUUUAGAUAUUCUUGUGGAGAAUAGUGUACGUAAUCUUUCCACCGAAGAUUUCGAAUGAAGUUAGAUCUAAAAAAGAGCAUUUAUUUUUAGUUUAACGCUAUUUUGGAAAGAAAGCACGGCCCAAAUAAAAAAUGCAAGCAUACUUUUGAGAGUGGUGGAGUUCUCUUUAGAAUUAAUAAGACUAAUAAAGACAAUUUAAUCCGGAAUUUUGUGCAUGGUUUGACGCUUGGAAGUGAGAUUCUUGUUUACCUAUUACAGAGGCGAAUAAACAAACUCUGGGAUUUAAAGAGGACUUACAUACUAGUAUAAUCCGACCAUUACGUCAAUAAUAGUUAACUAGUAUUACAAAAUAUAGAAAUGGAGGGAACAGCGAUGCCACCUCGAACUUUCACCCCAGCGUAUAUGCAUGAGGAGAUGGACCGGACUUACGAACCUAGACCGUGGACGACAUACGGAAAGAUGAACGAGUGGAUGAAUGCGCCCGGAGGUCGGGACAUGAGGACAGGGCUACCCGUCACACGGUCGGACGGUAACUGGAGGGCUGUCGAUAGGGGCGCCGUAAACAAACCACAAAAGGAAGAUUUCAACGUCCGUUUCCGAGAUUCCUACGCGGAUCUCACUAACCAGAUCGCCUACAGAUUCCCUAACCCCGGCCUCCCCAGAUUGCGUCAAGGGCGCGUCGGUGGAAGUUGGCGACACAUCAAAGAAGUUCUCGGUCAUGGGGGCAGUCGGGUUUGUUAUGUUGACGGGUUAGUUGCGGUGUACGAUGAGGAGCAGUUCAACCAGAGCCUUGCUGCGCAGUCGCCGUACCGCCCACAUCUGCGACGUCAGCUGUAUUCGGCCAAUCGCGGCUGGGACGAAGAGGCCGCCAGACAGGGGCGCGAGGGGAUACAUCUGCCAGCCGUGGAAGAGUUGCCGAUGAUGAGUUCAAACGAGCGUGACCGGAAACUGGCGAUCCAGAGCCCGAACAAGCACAAGGGAGUGUACUCGUACAGCCGAGCACCUGUUUAACAUCAGUCCGGUGCUAGACAGCCAUAGACUUCUCUCUUGUUCUUGUUUAUUGUUUAACAACAUAUCAUUUUAUUAUUUUACCUGUUAUAAAUCAGUAUUAAUCUACUUUUGAAAUGACAUUGUGUUUGGAAUAAAUCCUCUGAAAACUC